AUGUCCAGUAAAGGCCGAAAACGCAAGCAAAAUAAUGUUGUUCCUCGAGAUGAUCCAAUCUCAGAAUCUAAACAUGAGUCGAACUCACAAGCACCUCGAAUGACUCGAACAAAACUCAAUCCUGAUGGUGCUAAUGCUCAGUAUCAAAUACCAAAUAAGGGUGAUGCCUUUAGGGGUAUGUCCGGUAAAGGCCGAAAAUGCAAGCAAAAUAAUGUUGUUCUUCGAGAUGAGCCAAUCUCAGAAUCUGAACCUGAGUCAAACUCACAAGCGCCUCGAAUGACUCGAACAGGAAUCAAUCCUUAUGGUCCUAAUGCUCAGUAUGAAAUACCAAAACGAGGUGCGACUGAAAAGAAUUCUUUUGGAAGCCAAACCAAUAUUAGAUCUCAGAAGGAGUUUAUAAUUGAUCACAUGACUGGUAUUGAUGAACAAGGGCAGCAACAAGGUUUGUCUCAGAAUGAUCCUAUGGUUAACCAGUCCACACAUAGACAUAGGGAAGAAUCUGAAAUCCAUUAUGAUCAUGUGACUGGUACUCAUGAAAAAGAACAUGAGCAAGGUGUCGAAAGUGAUUCUGAAACUGAAACCCGCGGUCCAACAUGUAUGAAAAGCAUCUGGGGUCGUCCUCCCCACUUACCCAAAAUUCAUGUCGAGUAUAAUGACAAGGGUGAUCCUGUUGAUGGAGAGUGCAGUAUUCUUAGUUAUUCUUUGGGUUCAAUUGCUCGUAACUGCCAGUAUUGUCCAAUUGGUAUUAAUGAUUGGCGUAAGAUAGAGAACAAGGAUGAGAUUCUGAACAUUGUAAAGUUACGUUUUCAUGUUCCUCGCAUUGCCGAAAAAAAGAUUUUGAGUUCUGUUGGUAAAAAAUGGAGAAAUUGGAAGAAUCGAUCGAAAGCCAAAUAUUGGUAUGAAGCUUCAGUGGAAGUUUUGGUGGACCAAAGAGAUGCUAGAGUCACUGCUAUUGAAUGGAUGAAGAUAUGUACUCAGUGGAAUAGCGAGGCUGCAAAGAAAAUAAGUCGAAGAAGGAAGAAUGCUAGAGCCAAGAGGGUGAAUGAUCAAAAAACCGGGCAAACUUCCUUUGCUCGAGUUGAACAUAAAAUGACAAAGGAAAAUGGACGCCCCCCAAGCCGUGUUGAGUUGCUUCGUGCAUGCUUCUUGGACUCUAAUGGAGACUCCAAUCCAACAAUUUUAAGCGCAAAUGCCAAUAUGCAAGAACGUAAUAAUCAUGUUCAAGAAAAUUUUGAUGAUUCAAGUGAUUAA